AUGCCACCCACUGCUGCUGUCAAAUCUGCUCGAUCUUCCAUAUAUGGUUGGACCAAGAAGAGAUCGGUAUCACCAUCCUCUUCAUCGCAGCAAUCUACCUCUCAGCCAAAAGCCAAGAUGACUCAACAGCCUCAGCAUCACUAUUCGCAACCUGCUAUGCCAGCUCCUAGGAGGCCGGAGGAAAGCCCAUAUUUUGAGGAGGAUUACAGUGAUGAGAUCAUUGCUUACAUGCACUCUAUGGACAACUCUACCCUUGCCUCUUCCGAAUUCAUGGACAUGCAACCUGAACUCCAAUGGUUCAUGCGACCUUACCUCAUUGAUUUCCUCAUCGAAGUUCACCAACAGUUCCGUCUCCGUCCCGAAGUCCUUUACCUCGCCAUGAACAUUGUCGACCGAUACGUAUCGAAGCGUGUGGUCUACAAGAAGCACUACCAGCUUGUUGGAUGUGCCGCUCUCUGGAUAGCAGCUAAAUUUGAGGAUGGAAAGGACAAGGUACCACUCGUCAGGGAGUUAGCGGAGAUGUGUUGUAAAGCCUACGACGAAAGUGCUUUCAUCCAAAUGGAAGGUCACGUCCUCUCAACCAUCGGAUGGAACAUUGGUCACCCCUCUGCUGAAGCUUGGUUAAGGAUCAACACCACCGGUCACAACUAUGAAGAUCCCAAAGUCCAGAACAUGGCCAGGUUUCUAAUGGAAAUAACGCUCUUCCACCGUGAAUUUGUUGGUAUCCAAUCUUCCCUCGUCGCCUCUGGUGCCCUCAUGCUCGCUCGUUUCAUCUGUGGUAAAGCUCGAAAACCAGUAGCUCGACAUGAUAACGUUGCUGUUCGAAUCGCCCUCGCUAUCGACAAACACUUUGCCGAGAAAUUAGAAAAUGUCUCUGAGAUUGUUAUCAGGAAAUACGCUCCUACCUAUUACGGACGAUGUUCCACCAUCUGUCGAGAAUGGUACUUAUCAGGUAGAAGAUUUGUUUACAACCCUGAAGCACCUGCUACUCCCGUUUCCACCAACUUGCCUACUCCUGGACUUGCACCUUCCGGAUCAGGUGGAUGGCCUUCGAAACGAGGUUCAUGGGUCACUGGUUCACCUGGUGGAUCCAUCUCUUGCGCUUCGUCUGAAGCGGGUGAUGAUGCUCCUCUCACACCGAUCACACCUAUUCAUUCUCACAACAUCGAUCCAUUCUCUGUCGCCUCCAAGGAAAACAUCGCACCUGCUGUAUAUGGCUCGAACCCCUCUGCGAGCAUAUCGAAAGAUUCAGUAUCAAGUGUUAACGUCAGUGUCACAACGGCUAAACCAUUACCUCAGCCUCCUGUUUACACCCGUCCGGCUUUACAUGCUUUACCGCCUGUGGGAGAUUUGUCAUUACCGAAUCGAUCGAUGAGACGACUCAGCAAUUGA